AUGAAAGGAUCACGAGUAGAGGGUAUGGAGAAGGAUAAAAAGGAUAGGAGGGAGGAGGAUAAGGAGGGGGUUAAGGGAGAUAAAGGGGAGGAGGAUAAGGAGGGGAGAGAAGGGCGACGAGGAACGGAGCAGGUAUGGCUUGGAAGGGAUGGGAAAGCUUUCGCGGAUUUGCAGUUUUCAAACCUUGAGUUGCUGCUACCGUCAGCAAGAGCAGCGGGUAUUUACUUUGUGCGCCGACCAGAGGGGUCGGAAGCAGGGGAGGACGAGGGGGGAGAAGCGGGGGAGGACGUGGGGGGAGAAGCGGGGGAGGACGCGGGGGGAGAAGCGGGAGAGGACGCGGAGCAGCACGAAGAGGAGGAGAGGGAAAGGAAAGAGGAGAGGGAGGAUGAUGAGGCGUGGUCGCAGUUGCGGCAUGAGGCAGUUGCUCUAAGCGAUCACACCUUUCAACAUCAUAAACGCCACAAGGGAAGCCAGCCAUUCACCUCACCUCACUCACACCGUCCUAUAUCCCAUUCUCCCCGGCGUCGGCUCAUCAUGAGCUGGCAGAAGGAUGACGUGUCGUCUGAGGGUGACGCGGCACCCCCCUCACGGCGGCGCCAGCUCAUCAUGAGCUGGCUGAAGGACGCGUGGGUGCGCAGCGUGGCGUUCCGCCUGAACGGCGACCCCCGGGAGGACCGAUUCCUGGUGGGCAGCCAGCAAGACCAGGGCUACCAGUGGCAGUGGACGGACGGGGUGGUGGGACCCAGCUGGAGAAGCCCCUUCGUGCGAAACCUCUCUUUGGAUAUGGAUUCAGGCGGACCAGGGCUACCAGUGGCAGUGGACGGACGGGGUGGUGGGAUCCAGCUGGAGAAGCCCCUUCGUGCGAAACCUCUCUUUGGAUAUGGAUUCAGGCGGACGGACCAGGGCUACCAGUGGCAGUGGACGGACGAGGUGGUGGGACCCAGCUGGAGAAGCCCCUUCGUGCGAAACCUCUCUUUGGAUAUGGAUUCAGGCGGACCAGGGCUACCAGUGGCAGUGGACGGACGGGGUGGUGGGAUCCAGCUGGAGAAGCCCCUUCGUGCGAAACCUCUCUUUGGAUAUGGAUGCGGACCAGGGCUACCAGUGGCAGUGGACGGACGAGGUGGUGGGACCCAGCUGGAGAAGCCCCUUCGUGCGAAACCUCUCUUUGGAUAUGGAUGCGGACCAGGGCUACCAGUGGCAGUGGACGGACGGGGUGGUGGGAUCCAGCUGGAGAAGCCCCUUCGUGCGAAACCUCUCUUUGGAUAUGGAUGGCCGCUUCCUGGUGGGCAGCCAGGUGGACCAGGGCUACCAGUGGCAGUGGACGGAUGGCAGCAGCUGGCUCUAGCCUUGUGUGCCAAGGUCCUUCCCCCCGAAGUGUUUGACGAGCCCACGGGAGUGCUCACCCCCACGCCUGUCGCUAGUGCCCCUCUUGACUCUCCUUCCUCCUCUCUUACCAUCACCUCAUCCUCCCAUCCUCCCGUUCUCCUCUCCUCCCCCCUUCCCCAGGCUCUAGCCUCGUGUGCCAAGGUCCUUCCCCCUGAAGUGUUGGACGAGCCCACGGGAGUGCUCACCCCCACGCCAGCCCUAGGCUCGUGCGCCAAGGUGCUGCCCCCCGAAGUGUUUGACGAGCCCACGCCCAUCCUCACCCCCACGCCAGUCACAGGCGAGCACCUCGCAACGCUCUCCUCGCCGCUCUUCGCCCCACAGCCCCUCCCUGCAUAUGCUAACGAGGGGGUACGAGGCAGAGAGGAGCAGGAGGGGCAGGAAGGGCAGGGAGGGCAGGGCGAGCAGGGAGAGCAUUAUCCGCAGCAUCAGUCUUCAGCCGAAGCUGCUCUUGCUGCCGUAGCAGCAUCCAUGCAUCCCCACUCUUCUCACUCUUCCUCCUCUUCCAGCGACGACCAACAACAGCAGGGCCAGCAGGACCAGCCGCAGCAGCAGCAGCAGGAGCGGUACUUAGUGUGGUUUCCCCGCUUCGGCUUAGGCAACUCCCUGCGCGGAUUUUGCUCAGCAUAUGUGUAUGCUCUCCUCUCAGGCCGCCGGUUGCUGCGGUGGCACGGAGGGAAGCACAGGGCCGUGCUAGAUCAUCUCUGCACCACGUUUGACUGCAGCGGCGUCGCCCCAUUGGUCAAUUUCACGGAUGAUAUCCGCCACGUCAGCGAGCCCCUCGAGCUGCACGCGCCAAGACAAGAGUUUCUUUCUGCCCUGCACUCCGGGCUGCCCGUGGUGCAUGUGAACACGGGCAGCUUUUUCGAUAAUUUCUGGCAUAAGAACGGGCGGCUGGCCCCGUGUGUGCAGCGCGCGUUUCACUGCCAUAACAUCUG